CAGAGAUGCUGUUCUAAGUGGAGUCACACUGUCUUCCAUUUCCGUUCCCCUUCCUCCCCUCCUCCACGAGGGACAUGUGGAGUCAGAAGCUGGUGAUUAAAAGGAGAGAAAGUCUUUCAACAUCAUGGAUAAACACCAGAAGAGGAGGAUCACGUUCUUAACCAUCGGACUGAUAUUCCUGCUCAGCGGCAUCGAGUACGCGGUCAUUCUGCCUACAAUAUGGCGUUACCUCCAGAUCCUGGAAGCCCCGCCCUACUUCCUGGGUCUGGGCCUAUCAGCGUUCAGCCUGAGCGGGCUGCUGACGGGGCCGCUGUUUGGCCUGUGGUCGGACCGCAGCAGAGCCACAAAAAACAUCAUCCUCUUCUCCAACCUCUUCGAGAUCGCCGGUAACUUCAUGUAUUUCCUGGGAUAUUCAAAAUGGUUGUUGUUAUGUAGUCGGCUUGUAGCAGGUGUGGGUGCGGGGGCCGGGUCCUCCAUCUUUGGAUUCAUAACGCGUUGCACGCAAGCAGACGAGCGUGCCAGUGUCUUUGCCGCCAUCAUGGCCUUUCGCCAGGCCGGUCUACUAAUUGGCCCGGCGUUCAACAUGUUCCUACGACUGUGUGACUUCAAGCUGGGCCCGUUUGUUGUGGACAAGUACACCUCUCCCGGGAUCUUCAUGUGUGUGCUGUGGACUCUGCUCCAGUUCGUGGUGCUUGCCUUCUACUGGGACGUACCAUCUGCAGACUCAGCGGAGGGGGGUCCGUUACAGGAGGAGGUGGUGCUGUUGGAGAUGAACGAGGAGGAGUUGCCCCUGGUGGCCGCCGAGGAGGAUUCUGUGCACCGCUACCUCGCCGUCCACUCGGACUACCGGCCCCAGCCUGUCCGCUGCCCCUCCAAGGACCACGACCCAGAUCCCCCCACCAGCCCGGGCGCCGGCAGCGAGUUCCUGCGUGAGGAGGUGGUGGUUCUGCUCACGGCUCAGUUCAUUACGCUGUUCAACCAAACCGCACUGGAGACAAUGGUGACCCCGAUGACACAGCGGUACUUUGGCUUCACGGAGCUGGGCAACAGUCUGAUGUACGGUGCGUGCGGCGUGGAGGUGAUCCUGGGCUUCCUCCUGGUCCGCUGGCUGAGCAGCCGCGUGGCGGACCGCGUGGUGCUGGCCGUCGGCCUGGCGAUCUGUGGCGUGGCCUGCGUCUGGUGCCUCAUCUUUCUCACCGACCUGCGAGGCGGGUACGAGUGGGAGCUGACAGCAUUCAUCAUCGGCGUGUUCCUGCAGCUGCUGGGGCUUCCUUUCGUGGCCGUGUCUCAGGUGUCCCUCUUCUCCAAAGUCACCGCUGAAAAAACACAAGGGUUUAGUCAAGGUGUGCGUCGGUCCAUUGGGGGUCUGGCCACCAUCCUCGGGCCUCUGUGGGCGGGAGGCCUUACAAACAACUUGUACGUUAUGCUCGGCAUGAUGCUAGCUCUCCUGACUUUAAUCACAAUAAUGACCUAUUUGUCCUACAGCCACCUCACCGAGCCUAGGACCGUGGAGUGUGCGGAGGGCAGUGCAGACAGCGGCCUUUAG